UAUAGGAUAUUCCGAGGGUUAUUAUGGAUUUAAUCAAAUGUUAAUAUUUUGAUAUCAGAAGUUUUUAUAAUAUGGUUGUUUGCGUUAUAUAUAGAAAAUAAAUGGAAUAAGCACAGCUAGAGCAAGCUCUCCGGUCAUUGACACAACGUAGAAGGCUUCUUCUUCUUCUGCUCUGUAUCUUCACCACCGCCGUCCUCCGGCGCAGAACCGUCGUCUCCGGCGAUAAAUAUCACGAGAACUCCGACAAUGGGGAAAGGCGGCGCGCUCAGCGAGGGAGUGAUAAAGAAGAUCCUCCUCUCCUACAGCUAUGUUGCCAUAUGGAUCUUUCUCAGCUUCACCGUCAUCGUCUACAACAAGUUCAUCCUCGACAAGAAAAUGUACAAUUGGCCAUUCCCGAUCUCUCUCACCAUGAUCCACAUGUCCUUCUGCUCAACCCUAGCUUUCCUCCUCAUCAAGGUCUUCAAAUUCGUUGAGCCCGUUUCCAUGUCUCGCGAAACCUACCUCAGAUCGGUCGUCCCCAUCGGCGCGUUGUACUCACUCUCCCUAUGGCUCUCCAACUCCGCCUAUAUUUACCUCUCCGUCUCCUUCAUCCAGAUGCUGAAAGCCCUAAUGCCCGUCGCCGUCUACUCCAUCGGCGUUCUCUUCAAGAAGGAGGGAUUCAAAACGGACACCAUGGUCAACUUGCUCUCGAUCUCGUUCGGUGUCGCCAUCGCCGCUUAUGGGGAGGCCAGAUUUGAUGUCUGGGGCGUAAUUCUUCAACUGGGUGCGGUCGCGUUCGAGGCGACUCGUUUGGUAAUGAUUCAGAUCUUGCUUACCUCCAAAGGAAUCACGUUGAACCCCAUCACUUCUCUGUAUUACGUUGCUCCUUGCUGCUUGGGUUUCCUGUUUAUCCCGUGGAUCUUCGUGGAAUUCCCGGUGUUAAGGGACACAUCUAGCUUCCAUUUCGAUUUCUUCAUCUUCGGCACCAAUUCGUUCUGUGCAUUUGCUCUGAAUCUCGCCGUGUUCCUGCUUGUGGGCAAAACCUCUGCUCUGACCAUGAAUGUUGCUGGUGUGGUUAAGGAUUGGCUUCUGAUUGCGUUCUCAUGGUCAGUCAUUAAGGACACUGUCACGCCCGUGAACCUUUUCGGGUACGGGAUCGCGUUUUUGGGCGUUGCAUACUACAAUCACGCGAAAUUGCAGGCCUUGAAGGCCAAAGAGGCACAGAAGAAGGUUCAACAAGCCGACGAGGAGAGCGGUCGGCUGUUGGGGGAGAGGGAAGGUGAUGGAGCUGGUAGGAAAAACGAGUCACAGAAUUGAGCAAAAGCAUUGAAUCGGGGAAAGAGAGAGUGUAGAAGGGUAUCUGAAUGAGAGCUUGAAGACACAAUAAGAGGCGGAAUACGAUAUUGACGAAGAUCGUUAAGGAUGGAUGAAGAUGGAUACAUUCGGGUUGCCUGCAUUGUCUUCUUGUAGGUAUCAUCUGUUUCUUUUCCGUGUUACCUUACGGUCUACGGCAAUUUCUUAGGAAAUGAAUAUCUGUGGUAGUGAAACCUCGAAUUCCUUUGCCCUUGUUUCAAUCUCUAUCUCCGUUUCUCAAUCAUCUUCUUAUCAAUAUUUAUGGUGUACGAAGCGAACUUUGUUUAUCCUUACUGAAAGUGAAACCCUUUUAGACGUUUU